CAAAAAUGUGGGGGUUUUCCGUGGAUUGGGUUUCAUGAAGUUAAAAUCGCAAUGUAUUUAAAACCUUACUUGGAUAAUUCAAGCAGUAUUUACAAAGAGAGCUUUGAUAUGGUAUACACUAAGUAAAAAGAUACAACAACAAAACAACAAAAGGCAUAAAAAUGAUGACUAUUAAAUAUGUUUCCUACACUUUAUUGUUCAUGGAAUUAAUGGCAUACACUAACGGAUUUUCUCAAUUUGAUUUGACGAAGACAAAAUGUGUUGAAGAUAACAAUGAAACAUUGACUUGUAACUUUAUACCGAAGACUCUCCCAGUUGGAGUCACGACAGUGCAUUUGAAUUUGAGUCUGAUGGGUAACAUGUAUCUGAGCAAGUCUACAUUCAUUGACUAUUCUUGGAAAAAAGUAAAACUUCUGGAGAUCAAUGCCGACUUACAAACUAGAGAAGGUCACUUGAUAUUAAAAGAUUACUGUUUUAAUGGUCUGGGAGAAUUGAAAGAAUUAAAACUGCAUGUAAACUGCUCAUUCGAUAUGAAUCCAAACACUUUCAUUAGCGUUAAAGACGUACGCGUUCUGGAUUUUAGCAGGAGUGUUAGAUUUACAUUGAAAGAUUUAAUUCCUGCUCUGAAUGGAUCUGAUAAGUUGCCAGAAUUAAAUAAAUUGAUAUCAUCAAAAUGUGAUUCACCGUUGUCUAUUGAUGACCAACUCAUGGAGGUACUUCAGUCAAAGAAAAUUUAUUAUUUGGAUGUGAGUAGUACUGAUAUAAAAACAGUAAAUAUUACUGCCGUUUUUAAACGAUUAGCCUUCUUGCAGGUCUUGGAUGCAUCAUAUAGUAAUAUUAAUUUCUUCAUAUCUACUUAUUUAGAGCAAGGCGACAUGAAACGCAUAAAAUUUGUUGAUUUGAGUUUCGUUAAUCUUCCGAAAAAGGUAUUUCAUCUUCCACCAGGCAGACUUGUGAUAGAAAAUACAAAUACUAGUUUUUCUAAACUUUCUAAUAAGGAAGACGUCAAACUAUUUUUAACUCCUGAAAUUGUAAAUAUGAGCGGUAUUAUUUCUCACUUUUCGUCGAUUUGGAUAAAAAGCGUCAAUUUUACCCUAGACGUAAAUCCUUCUACCUUCACAAAAGAAUUGAUCAUGAGGCAAAACAAUUUAAGGUGGCUUGAUGUAAAUGUCAUUUGCGAGAAUUUCAAAUUUUCAUCAUUCAGGCGCAUGGAUUUAUCUGAAAAUGGUAUGCAGUUUUUACAUCCAAACUUUUUGUCAUGCUUUCCAAAUCUGCAGACAUUAGACUUGUCAAGCAAUGAGUUGGUGAAAAUGUCCCGAGGGAGCUUAGGGUUGUUUGAAACGUUAUUUUCAGGUCUCAGAAAUUUAAAAAACAUUAACAUGUCAAAAAAUAGUUUAAAUAAACUUCCGAUGAAAAUAUUCGAGAAUAAUAGGAAUAUCGAAAUUAUCGAUUUAUCGGGUAACAUAUUAGAUCAAGUUCACAUUACUUUGACUGAAUUGUCUAGACUAUCCGUGCUUAAUCUUUAUGGAAACAAUAUUCAUGUCUUAGACCAAAUGUCUAUUUAUAACUUGAAUAGCAUUUCACACGGUAAUGCUACUGACAUUGGGAAAAACAUUGUUAUUUUAAAAGCAAAUCCCAUUUCGUGUUCAGAAUGCAAAGAACUAUCAUUUCUCGUUUGGCUGACAUCAACGAAUCUUGUUGAUCUUGGUUCACAGCAAUUGAUUUGUUACAAUGAAAAGGAUGAAGCAGAAAUUAUAACACAAGAGACAGUCAAGAAAGUCAAGUUGAUUUGUCAAAGGAAGGUUACUAUAAUUGCUACAAGCGUUUUAGCGGGAUGUAUUUCACUUAUUAUUAUAAUUUCACUUCUGAUAUUUUAUCACCGAAGGAAGCAUAGGAAAAGGUUACAAAAUAGAGCAAAUGUAAUUAAUAUGUUACGUCAGGGCGAUGGUAACUAUGAAUUUGCGGUUUUUCUUGCCUUCAGCAAUGAAGAUGAGGACUUUGUCAAUACGCAUAUUCUACAUCAGCUGAAUGAAAAUCUUCAGUUGAUGACAGGAGUUGAUAGAGAACUAGUUUGUACAGGUGACCGACAUUUUCGACCUGGUUUCUAUGUUCAAAAUGAAACGUGCAGACGCUUGGCAACAGCGUCUGUUUUAAUUGUAGUAGCUACGGAAAACUUUUGUCAAAGUGUUUAUUGUAGAGGUGAGCUUGAGCAAGCGUUCAUGCAAUGGAAACCAAUCAUUUUGAUGUUUAUUGAACAAGUGGAACAAGAACUGAUGCCACCAACAAUGAGAGAGGUAUACCAAAGGAAUGUAAGGAUUGUGUGGACAUUUGAAAACGGUGAAUACAAAAUGAAAACAACAUGGGAAAAUGUUUGUAAAUCUGUUUUAGACCUUAUGAAAUGAGGACCAAUGUUCGCGUUUAAUUAUAUGUACAUGCAAUAGUGUGUCUUCAACUGUAUAAAGUAGUUGCAUGUGAUGCCUCAAAUAUCUCAACUUUGAGAAUAAGUUGCUAUGGUCAAACUCACUCUUACUAAAAAUAUAAAAUUAACAAAAGUUUGUUUAUUUUGUAGAUAAAUCUGACAGAACUAAAGACGAAUAUAUACAAAUCAGUCUUCAAUUUAAAUAAUGCCAAGGAUUCAUUAAUCAUUCACAUGCAGUGGCGUACCUGCCGAUACGCCAAUACGCACGGGAGUAUUUCAUGAAUAGAGUUUCGAGAAAUUAAAAUUUAAAAAAUGA